GGAGUUUUGCUCUGUCGCCUAGGCUGGAGUGUAGUGGCAUGAUCUCAGGUCACUGCAACCUCCGCCUCCUGGGUUCACGCCAUUCUCCUGCCUCAGCCUCCCCAGCAGCUGGGACUACAGGCGCACGCCACCGCGCCCGGCUAAUUUUUUGUAUUUUUAGUAGAGACGAGGUUUCACCGUGUUGGCCAGGAUGGUCUCGAUCUCUUGACCUCGUGAUCCGCCCGCCUCGGCCUCCCAAAGUGCUGGGAUUACAGGCGUGAGCCGCCGCCCCCCGGCCCUGGCACAGUAUUUCAAGGCCGAAAACUCGCAUCCCCAGUGCCAGCAAUUCUCCUCGUGGUCAAAGAGGAGAAACACUGGGGGGAGCACCCGGAGGUGGGGGCGAGGACGGAGAUCGGGGGUCGACGUCAAGAAAGAAGGCGGGAAGAGGACAAGGUCGGGAGAGGACGAGGAGGGGAGGGAGGACGCGGAGGGGAGCGAGGACGCGGAGGGGAGCGAGGACGCAGCGAGGACGCAGGGAAGGAGGGGAAAGAGGACGGAGAGGAGCGAGGACGGAGGGGGGACGGGAACGAAGAGGGUCGAGGACGUUCAGCAUCCAUUGCGACAGCGACAAACAGGACACGGCCAGGUUCCCGGCGGAGGCAGCGCCCAAGAUCCCCGUUGCCAAGCAACCGAAGCAUGGCGGUGGGGCGGGGUCGGAGCCCGCGCAUUUCCGGCCCCGCCCGCCCGGCUGGUCGGAAGUGACGCAAGGGGGCGGGGCCAGCGGCGCGGGCGGGUGAGAGGGCGCGGCGGCAGGUCCACCUGGGCUUGCGAAGGCACAGAUUCCCCGUCCACAGCUCACGACCAGAUGCACCAGCAGGAGUCCACAUCAAGGACGUCCUCCGGGCACUCCCACGACCAGUGACCAGGAGUUAAACUUUGGGAUGUGCCCGUGAUGUUGGACCACAAGGACUUAGAAGCCGAAAUCCACCCCUUGAAAAAUGAAGAAAGAAAAUCGCAGGAAAAUCUGGGAAAUCCAUCAAAACAUGAGGAUAGCGUGAAAAGCGCGCCUCCACAGUCCCGGCUCUCCCGGUGCCGAGCGGCGGCGUUUUUUCUUUCAUUGUUUCUCUGCCUUUUUGUGGUGUUCGUCGUCUCAUUCGUCAUCCCGUGUCCAGACCGGCCGGCGUCACAGCGAAUGUGGAGGAUAGACUACAGUGCCGCUGUUAUCUAUGACUUUCUGGCUGUGGAUGAUAUAAACGGGGACAGGAUCCAAGAUGUUCUUUUUCUUUAUAAAAACACCAACAGCAGCAACAAUUUCAGCCGAUCCUGUGUGGACGAAGGCUUUUCCUCUCCCUGCACCUUUGCAGCUGCUGUGUCGGGGGCCAACGGCAGCACACUCUGGGAGAGACCUGUGGCCCAAGACGUAGCCCUCGUGGAGUGUGCUGUGCCCCAGCCAAGAGGCAGUGAGGCACCUUCUGCCUGCAUCCUUGUGGGCAGACCCAGUUCUUUCAUUGCAGUCAGCUUGUUCACAGGGGAAACCCUGUGGAACCACAGCAGCAGCUUCAGCGGGAAUGCAUCCAUCCUGAGCCCUCUGCUGCAGGUGCCUGAUGUGGACGGCGACGGGGCCCCAGACCUGCUGGUUCUCACCCAGGAGCGGGAGGAGGUUAGUGGCCACCUCUACUCCGGCAGCACCGGGCACCAGAUUGGCCUCAGAGGCAGCCUUGGUGUGGACGGGGAAAGUGGCUUCCUCCUUCACGUCACCAGGACAGGUGCCCACUACAUCCUCUUUCCCUGCGCAAGCUCCCUCUGCGGCUGCUCUGUGAAGGGUCUCUACGAGAAGGUGACCGGGAGCGACGGCCCAUUCAAGAAUGACCCGCACUGGGAGAGCAUGCUCAAUGCCACCACCCGCAGGAUGCUUUCCCACAGCUCUGGAGCAGUGCGCUACCUGAUGCAUGUCCCAGGGAACGCCGGUGCAGAUGUGCUUCUUGUGGGCUCAGAGGCCUUCGUGCUGCUGGACGGGCAGCAGCUGACGCCUCGCUGGACACCCAAGGCAGCCCAUGUCCUGAGAAAACCCAUCUUCGGCCGCUACAAACCAGACACCUUGGCUGUAGUCAUUGAAAACGGAACUGGCACCGACAGACAGAUCCUGUUUCUGGACCUUGGCACUGGAGCCGUCCUGUGUAGCCUAGCCCUCCCGAGCCUCCCUGGGGGUCCACUGUCUGCCAGCCUGCCGACCGCAGACCACCGCUCAGCCUUCUUCUUCUGGGGCCUCCACGAGCUGGGGAGCACCAGUGAGACGGAGACCGGGGAGGCCCGGCACAGCCUGUACAUGUUCCACCCCACCCUGCCGCGCGUGCUGCUGGAGCUGGCCAAUGUCUCUACCCACAUUGUCGCCUUCGACGCCGUCCUGUUUGAGCCAAGCCGCCACGCUGCCUACAUCCUUCUGACAGGCCCGGCAGACUCAGAGGCACCCGGCCUGGUCUCUGUGAUCAAGCACAAGGUGCGGGACCUUGUCCCAAGCAGCAGGGUGGUCCGCCUGGGUGAGGGUGUGCCAGACAGUGACCAGGCCAUCAGGGACCGGUUCUCCCGGCUGCGGUACCAGAGUGAGGCGUAGAGGCACGCCAGCCAGAGCCUGUGGAGAGACUCCGCCUGCUGACACUAAACGUCCUGGGAAGUGGGCCCUUCCCUGGGUCUCUGCACUGACUCCCCCACUCCUGACCCUGGUGGUGGUCGCCACUGGGCAGCAGCGGCCUUACCAGUCCUCCAUGAUCACACCCAGGGACCUGCAUGGGUGAGGGGACACCCUGGGCCUCUCUCCCGCCCAGCGUCCUCCCUGAGUCCCCACACGGGGCCUCACUCUGCACCCCACCAGGGUCCCGCUCACACCAGGCGGCCUUCAUAGUGGUCUCCCUGGCCACCUUGGGCAGAGCUGGGUCGUGCAGCACCCCAUCCUUACCCGGUGCCCUCUCCUUGCCAGCUUCUCCCCAGGCCAGAGCGGCCAUCGCGUAGAAAGAACCAGGGUGUCGCCGGGACAGGCCGUCCCCCACCCCAUCCUGUAGAAGUCCAUUCCCCUUUUCCCUCCUGUGCUCUGUCCCCCAAGGAGUCAUGGAAUUCAGGGUACUGGGCCUCAACGGGAACCUGAGACAGCUCCAGCUUCGCAGCCCUUCCCGGAGCUACAGGGGGAUCCUCUAGCAUGGGGGUUGUGACUUGGUUCUUUUGACCAGGUCCUGUGAGGAAGCCUGGAGUAAGGGUCUCCCCCAGCAGGAUGGGUGGGGCCUGCUCUGGAGCUGAGCCCGUGGCCGCUCACAGGUGUCCUUAGUGGUGUUGCAGCUGUCUACUGGCUGCAUGUGCUGUGAAUAUCCCAAGGAACUGGCUGUGGAAUGCGUGUUUGGGUCAGUCUGUGCCCUCUCAGUAGACACUGGAGCUGCUCUAUCCCUGAAGAGGCCCCGUGCCCCAGGCAUGGCAAGCGCCUGCCUCUCCCCUUCCGGUGCUCACACGCCCACGCCGUGUCACCCGAUGCAGGACUCACCUCUGUGCCUUGCUGCUCCUGAGGCCCAAGGGCAGCCAUGGUGCUCUGUACUGCUCGGGCCGCCCAGGUCACAGAGCCUGAGCUUCGUAGCCAAAGCAGCCUGAUGACCCACCCACUAAGGAAGAAAGCAGAAUAAACAUUUUUGCACUGCCUGAAAAA